UGAGGAGCACAGGAUGGCGGAUGGGAACCCGACAUGAGCUGAGAAACAGAUGAGGGGCCUCCGCUCUUUGCUCUACCUCCUCCUCCUGCCACUGAGUGCCUGCUUCCCCCUACUGGACAGAAGGGAGCCCACAGACGUCCUCGUCCUCGGUGACACCGGAGCCAGGAUGAGCUGGGCCCACGUGGCUGAGGAACGCAAACCCCACACAGUUCAAGGUCCUUCCCGGUGGCCUAGAGUACCACAGCCACAGGCCCUUCUCGUGGUGGCCAAGGAGCUGCAGGCCUCACGCAGGGAGCACACCGGCUUCCGCCUUGGGAGGCAGGAUGGUGGCAGCGAGGCUGCAGGGUUCCUGCCCACUGACUCAGAGAAGGCCAGUGGCCCCCUGGGGACCCUGGCAGAGGAGCUCAGCAGUUAUAGCAGGAGGAAGGGAGGCUUCAGCUUCCGCUUCGGCCGGUGA